AUGAUGAAGCGCAUCGGUCGGCUGAUGGCGGCGAGCCGCGCGAUGUGCUCGUCGUCGGCGGAAGCCGGCAAAUACGAGCGCAAAACCGCAAUGGAGCACGUUUUACUGCGACCCGACACCUAUAUUGGUGGGGUUGGAGUUCGCGAGGAGCAGGAAAUAUGGAUCUACAAUCGAAAUUCGCGGCGAAUGGAGCCGCGUGUGCUCACCUACCCGCCGGGUCUCAUCAAGAUCUUCGAUGAGAUUCUAGUGAACGCGGCGGAUAACAAAAUGCGAGAUCCGUCGAUGAAUCGGCUCGAAGUUGAAAUUGAUAGACGAUCGGGUCGAAUCGGCGUGUGGAAUAACGGAAAAGGGCUGCCGGUUGAGAUUCAUCCCACCGAGCGCAUCUAUGUGCCGACGCUCGUUUUCGGCAAUUUGUUCACAUCGUCCAAUUAUGAUGAUUCGGAGGUUAAAGUUGUCGGCGGUCGAAACGGCUACGGUGCGAAAUUGUGCAAUAUUUUCUCGAAAGAAUUUGUCGUCGAGACGGUCGACUCGAAACGGCGCAAAAAAUUCCGACAGCGUUGGUACGACAACAUGCGAAAUGUUGACGAAGCGAUUGUCGAAGAGUGCACAAAUUGCGAUGAUUACACAAAGAUUAUAUCGAUUUUUCUGAUGCGUAAUUUGGGUUAA